GUUUGGCUGAGAAGAAGACUUCCGGCGGAGGGAAGCUAUCCUGAACGGCUGAGGCAAGAAUGUCAGAAUUGGCAGGAUUCAGUUCCUCAGUACAAGCCUUUAUCUACCUAUGGAAACAUCCUUUAUUGUAGACUGAUUUACAAUCUCCACAAGAAAGUACCUUCAUUGUAAUAAAAAGAAAGAACUUCAGAGAUUGUAAAACAAGUUUCAAAAUGGAAUCAGUUUCAGAGCUAAGUGAGGAAUUAGAAUCUGUCACCAGUGAGCUGCAAGCAAUAGAAAUUCAGAUACAAGAACUUCUGGAAAGACAGCAAGAGCUUAUUAAGAAAAAAACUGCCCUAAAGAAGAAAAUAAAAGAAUCUCUAGAAGAUUCAGAUGCUGGGACAAGCUCAGAAUUGGAUUCUUCACCUGAAGGCUGGAAUAAACAAGAUUUUCCGUGGUCUGGGAAAGUUAAAGAUGCCUUGCAGAAUGUCUUUAAACUGCAAAAGUUUAGGCCUCUACAGCUUGAAACUAUUAAUGUGACAAUGGCUGGAAAGGAAAUAUUUCUUGUGAUGCCUACUGGGGGUGGAAAGAGCUUGUGUUACCAGUUACCAGCAGUAUGUUCUGAUGGUUUCACACUUGUGAUCUGCCCUUUGAUUUCUCUUAUGGAAGAUCAGUUAAUGGUUUUAGAACAAUUGGGAGUUUCAGCUACUUUGCUAAAUGCUUCCAGCACUAAGGAACACGUGAAAUGGGUUCAUGCUGAAAUGGUAAAUAAAAACUCUAAGCUAAAGCUCAUUUAUGUUACCCCAGAGAAAAUUGCUAAAAGCAAAAUGUUUAUGUCAAGGCUGGAGAAAGCCUAUGAAGCAGGAAGAUUUACUAGAAUUGCUGUGGAUGAAGUUCAUUGCUGUAGUCAAUGGGGACAUGAUUUCAGACCUGAUUAUAAGGCACUUGGUAUUUUAAAGCGGCAGUUCCCCAAUACAUCACUAAUUGGUUUGACAGCAACUGCUACCAGUCAUGUUUUGAAGGAUGCCCAGAAAAUUUUAUGUGUUGAGAAGUGCUUUACAUUUACUGCAUCUUUUAAUCGGCCAAAUCUUUAUUAUGAGGUUCGUCAGAAGCCCUCAAACACUGAGGAUUUCAUCGAAGACAUUGUGAAGCUCAUUAAUGGGAGAUACAAAGGACAAUCUGGAAUCAUAUAUUGUUUUUCCCAAAAGGACGCUGAGCAAGUCACAGCUAGUUUACAGAAGCUGGGAAUUCAAGCAGGUGCUUACCAUGCAAAUAUGGAAUCAAAAGACAAGACUGAAGUUCAUAAAAAAUGGUCAGCAAAUAAAAUUCAGGUAGUAGUGGCAACAGUUGCGUUUGGAAUGGGAAUUGAUAAACCAGAUGUGAGAUUUGUUAUUCAUCAUUCAAUGAGCAAAUCUAUGGAGAAUUAUUACCAAGAGAGUGGACGUGCAGGUCGAGAUGACCUGAAAGCUGACUGUAUUUUAUACUCUGGUUUUGGAGACAUAUUCAGAAUAAGUUCAAUGGUAGUAAUGGAAAAUGUAGGUCAACAGAAACUUUAUGAAAUGGUGUCAUACUGCCAUGAUAUACACAAAUGUCGCCGUAUGCUGAUAGCUCAACAUUUUGAUGAAGUGUGGAAUUCAGCAGCUUGCAACAAAAUGUGUGAUAACUGCUGUAAAGACAUUUCGUUUGAAAAGAAGAAUGUAACUGAGUACUGCAGAGAUUUAAUCAAAAUACUGAAACAAGCUGAAAAACUAAAUGAAAAGCUAACACCAUUGAAACUUAUUGAUGCCUGGAUGGGAAAGGGUGUAGCAAAAUUGAGAGUAUCUGAUGUUGUUCCCCCUAAACUUCCACGUGAUGAACUGGAGAAAAUUAUUGCUCACUUCAUCCUACAACAAUAUCUUAAAGAAGACUUCAGUUUUACAGCAUAUGCUACUAUUUCAUAUUUGAAAGUAGGCCCUAAAGCUCAUCUUCUGAACAAUGAGGAACAUAUAAUUACCAUGAAAGUAAAGAAGGACACAAAAGGUUCUUUCAAGGUUGAAUUACCUCAGGUUUCUAAUUCUGAAGCAGACAGAAAGAUGGAAGAAAAAAAUUCAGUUAACUUCCAAAAUACAGAUGUAAAGAAGUGUGGAAAUGUGCUUAAACAACCUCAUUCAGAGAAUACAAAGGCAAAGAAAAGGAAGCUAGACGACGCAGUCACUGACUAAAAUUUCCAAAAGAAGCAAAAUUGCACUCACCUUAACAAGGGAUUAAUUUUUGAAUUAUUUCAUUUUAUGUACAUGUAACUGCAUUUUCAGAACCUUAAGCAGUUUUUGGAUGAAUGGUUUUUAUACUUUUUGAAAUAUUUUUGAUUUAAGAUUAUGAACCGCUUGAUUUAGAAAACAGAAAACUAUCCAAUAAAAUGAAAUACCAAAAAAAAAAAUGUAAAUUUUUUAGAAUAUUGUUGAAUGCCCUGAAUAUGUAAGAUUUACUCAACUGCCAUAGCUUGUACUAUUAUUAUGCAGCCUAUACUUUUUAAAAAUUUCUUUUUAGAAGCAGGGCAAUUGGGGUUAAAUGCCUUGCCCAAGGUCACACAGCUAGUAAGUGUGUCAAGUGUCUGAGAACAGAUUUGAACUCAGGUCCUCCUGACUCCAAGGCCGGUGUUCUACUCACUGUGCCACCUAACUGCCCCACAGCCUAUACUUUUAAUAACAUACUAAAGGUGGAUUAAAAUUAGUGUAGUGGCAGAAAAAGCACUGGCUUUGGAGUCAGAGAACCUGGACACAAAUGCCACCUCUUAUGCUGACAACCUGUAUAAACUUGGGCAAGUCAUUUAAACUUCCACUGGUUUCUCAGUUCUCAUCUAAUAAGUGAAAGGAGGUUGGACUAGAUCAGUGGUGUCAAACUCAGACAGAAAUGGGGGCCACUAAACUGUACAUAAAGAUAUCUGAAGGUACAUAUGGACUUAGAAAACCACAUAUUAACAUUAUGCUUUAUUGCAUUUUUAUUACUUUGUUAAACAUUUCUCAAUUACAUUUUAAUCUGAUUUGGACCACAUGCCUUUUUUCCUCUUAUUCACAAAUUCAAAGAUAAUAAAUAUGCCUCAAGAGGCACCAGAGCUUUUGUUGCUAUUCCAUUAUAGGUGAAAACAUGAAAGAGCUCCUUAUGACCCAGAGCAGCUAAAAUAAAAGUUAUUCGUUUAAAAACUCUAAAA